CCAGGGAAACCUAAGUAAGGCCUGUAAACGUGAAGAUGGAUUGUGUCCUGAGCCUGCAGGUCGGGCUGAAAGAUUCAGCCACCAGGAAAAUGAAGAUCUAGGAGUCUCGCUUCCUUGAGCCUGUGUGGAACAUAAAACCUAGAGGGAACGACCUCUGAAUUCUUUCAGCAGCAAGGCUCUUCAUCGUUGCUCCUCCCCUAACACCUGGAGUGAGAAAACCUCUGCAGUGGCCCAGCGGAAGAUACAGUGUCUAUGUACUGAAGGGAAAUCAGUUGAGAGGCUUCUUGAAACAUAAAGGGAGGAACUUCACACUCUCUCUUGGAACCAGAAGUUGAAUUUGUAAGCAUAAUAUCAUCUAGAAGACAUGGGCUGUAGCAGUUCUUCAAAAAAAGGCAACAAAUCUGAGAAAGAGUACCCAGGUUCGUUUCCCAGCGCCCAUAUGAUGUCUUCAACACCUGCAACUCCAGUACCAGGGAACCUAACGAUGCAAGCUGCCUUAGUCAUCCAAACCUGGUACCGGCGGUACAGAGCGAGGCUGAGAGCAAGACAGCAUUAUGCCCUCGCCAUCUUCCAGUCUGUCGAAUAUGCUGAUGAGCAAGGCCAAAUGCAGCUGUCUGACUUUUUUUCCUUCAUGUUGGAAAACUACACAAAGACACAUAGUGAAGAUUCAGCAUUAGUAAGUCGACUCUUUGAAACCCCUAUGCAGGAAAACAAGGAUAGACAGGAAUGUUUGGGGUUGAUAGAAGUGCCUGACUCUUACGAUGGUCCUCGACUGCAGUUUCCUCUCACGUUUACUGACAUUGAUUUACUUCUUCGGGCCUUCAAGAAAAACCAGACACUUCAUGCUCAUUACGUCCUAGAGGUGCUAUAUGAAGCUAGGAGAGUCCUGAAGCAAAUGCCGAAUUUCAGUCACAUAACAACCUUUCCCUCCAAAGAGGUAACAAUCUGUGGUGAUUUGCAUGGGAAUUUGGAUGAUCUUUUGUUGAUCUUCUAUAAGAAUGGCCUGCCUUCAGAGAACAAUCCGUAUGUUUUUAAUGGUGACUUUGUAGAUCGAGGGAACAAUUCCAUGGAGAUCCUCAUGAUCCUGCUCGUUAGUUUUCUCGUCUACCCCACUGACCUGCACCUGAAUAGGGGGAACCAUGAAGACUUCAUGAUGAACCUAAGGUAUGGCUUCACAAGAGAAAUUUUACAUAAGUACAAGCUACAUGGAAGAAAAAUCUUGCAAGUCCUGGAAGAAGUCUAUACCUGGCUCCCAAUUGGCACAAUUAUUGACGAUGAAAUCCUGGUCAUACAUGGUGGGAUAUCAGAGUCUACAGACUUGAAUACACUCCACCACAUACAGAGAAAUAAAAUGAGAUCUGUGUUGAUGCCACCGAUGUCAAUCAAUCGAGAACAUGCCACUGACUUAAAAAAUAAAGCAGAUUCGAGCACCAGCGCCCCUGGGAAGGCUGAAUCAGAAUGGUCCUCUACGGAACAGCUAACAAAGCAUGAAUGGGAACAAAUUAUUGACCUUCUGUGGAGUGACCCCAGAGGCAGAAAAGGCUGUUAUCCAAAUACAAGCCGAGGAGGGGGCUGCUAUUUUGGACCAGACGUUACUUCCAAGAUUCUUAACAAAAACCAGUUGAAAAUGCUCAUUAGGUCUCAUGAGUGUAAACCCGACGGGUAUGAAAUCUGUCACGAUGGAAAGGUCAUUACUUUAUUUUCUGCUUCUAAUUAUUACGAAGAAGGCAGCAACCGAGGAGCUUACAUCAGACUAAGUUAUGGUACAUCUCCGCAAUUUUUCCAGUACCAAGUAACUAGUUCAUCAUGCUUGAGUCCUCUUCACCAAAGGGUGAGUGCUAUGGAAUUCAGUGCCUUCAAGAUAUUGAAAGAAAGAAUGCUUUCACGAAAAACUGAUCUCAUCAAUGCUUUCCAGCUCCGUGACUAUAGGAGAUCAGGGAGGAUUUCAUUGGCGCAGUGGGCUUUUUCUAUGGAAAGCAUUUUGGGGCUGAACUUACCAUGGAGAUCUCUGAGUUCACACCUGGUACACAUAGACCAAGAUGGAAAUGUUGACUACAUGUCCAGCUUCCAGGAUAUCCACAUUGAAAAGCCUGUGAAGGAGAUGAAAUCUACUCUACUUGAAAUGCUGUACAGAUACCGAUCUGACCUGAAAAUCAUAUUUAAUGUCAUCGACACGGAUCACUCAGGUCUAAUCUCCUUGGAUGAAUUCCGGACUAUGUGGAAACUUUUCAACACUCACUACAAUGUUCAAAUUGAUGAUUCCCAAAUUGAUGAGCUUGCCAACAUAGUGGACUUCAACAAAGAUGGAAACAUAGACUUUAAUGAAUUCCUGAAGGCUUUCUAUGUAGUGCAUAAAUAUGAGAAGCCGUAGAGCCAUCUUGCUUAAGAUGAACAAAACCUUCUCCCAGCCUCUUUGUAAACAGCUGACCCCCACUUCUAGUCUUAACCAGGACCUUUGAAAUCCAUAGUAAUUGGACAAAGUAGACUCUAAUUCAUAGAACAAGCAGAUGCACAGUGUGUGUGUUGCAGUCCUUAGCAAACCACUAUUGGUAAGACUAGGUUAAAAAAUCUGUUGAUGGGAUUUACUUCCAUACACUGCCUGUGAUGAACUGGACUUGAGCCUGAUGGUUUUAGAUCAUACCUAACCAGGAGACUGGAGCAAUUUGGAAGCAUACUGGAAGGAACCCAUAGAGCAGGAGAGAAAACUAUUAGGUAUAAUAUCUAUGAGUGGCUGAGGAUAAG